AUGGCCAACCAUGGCCGAAUGGGCCUAACCUAUUUCCGUGGCUGGGCCAGUGGCCCAGGAAAUACUGGCCGUACCUGUGGGGCCCUGGCCCCCAGAGGACAAGGUCAAGGUCGCGGCCGGAAGGUGGCCGAGGAGGUGACCGUGGUGGACGAGGUUCGCCCGGACCCCGUGGAGAGCGCCGCGACCUUUCAAUCUAUUAACUGGGACAUUCCUUGUCAAUGUCCUUCCGCUUGCUCUGCUACCCUCGGAAUAUGA